AAGUCAACAUGCAAAAUGUCAACUUUAGCACCGGGUGUUCUGCGAUUAACAAUCUGGCAUUAGCGUCUUUCAGACGCUGUUUUUGAUAGAUUCCAUUCACGUUAAACAGUGCGCGCAGCGAAAAACAACACCUCAGCACAAUGGCGACUGCGAUGCCCAUCAACCCCAAGCCAUUCCUCAAUGGACUAACAGGCAAGCCAGUAAUCAUAAAGCUCAAGUGGGGCCAUGAAUAUAAGGGGUUCCUAGUGUCGGUGGACGGCUACAUGAACAUGCAGCUCGCAAACACGGAGGAGUUUGUGGACGGGACGAACACGGGCCACCUCGGGGAGGUGCUGAUUCGGUGUAACAAUGUGCUAUACAUCCGCGGUAUAGACGACGAAGACGAGGAAGGUGAAAUGAGAGAUUGAUAGUUUAAGAAUAAAUCGGUACUCUAUAUUUCGAUGUACAAAAGUUGGUG